AUGCCCGCAGAUCCGCGAGAAGAUGCGACGAUUCGCGCGCCCGUAAAUGAGUCAGUCUCAGAGACACCUUAUACGGAAUCGUCUUCUACCGCGACACCUCUAAAUGCUGCGGAGGUGCUGUCUGUAACCGAUGAAGAGAAGGCAAAGAUAGUGGAAAAGUAUCUGGUGCUCCCGGAUAACGCCUCGAGCGUAUCUGGUGCAGCUGACAGCAAUACACUAGAAUCUGGGAAAAAUGAUAUGGAUCCAAGCGUGGAAGGUAGCUCAAUAAGCAUCGCGGAUGAUGAGGAGUCGUACCAAGGUCCACAUCACAUGCAAGGCGGCGCCGUGACAGAAGACUUGUAUCGCUGGGCUCAUCACAACCGUCCUCGUCGCCCACGAAGCGAAAGUAUGAAUCUUCCGAUUAGCAGCAGCAUUGACAUGUCAACUGACCGCGAUCUGAUGAAACAACCGGGCGGUUUCAGACGCUCUUAUAUACGGAACCAAACAGUAGAUCAGGGCAAGGUUCCGCCUCGCAUUAUGCUUACGUUUGUGGACUUCUUGAUGUUGUACGGCCAUUUUGCUGGCGAAGCUUUGCAAGAGGAAGAAGAGGAGGAAGAAGAAGCUGACGAGGAAAGCGCGCAUCUGGAUCGUACAAUUCCAGGGCUUGCAUAUGGGUAUGAAGGCGCAGGCAACGCAGAAACGUCGCGACUUUUGCAAGAUACGCAGGUGCCUUGCAAAACCAUACCAAGGCGCAUGCACGGCGAGGCUUCUGUAACAGAAGCCGUGCUGAUGCUGCUCAAAUCAUUUGUGGGGACAGGCGUUUUGUUCCUUGGAAGGGCCUUUUUCAAUGGUGGCAUGCUCUUUUCGAUUGUGGUUCUUUCUGGCAUUGCUAUUGUGUCCCUUUGGUCAUUUUUGCUGCUGGUCAAAACAAAUUUGAAAUAUCCUGCAGGGUUCGGCGAUAUGGGCGGUAUCCUGUAUGGUCCACGCAUGCGAAAUGCAAUUCUCUUUUCUAUUGUAUUUUCGCAGCUUGGUUUUGUGGCUGCGUACGCGGUUUUUGUUGCGGAGAAUAUGCAGUUGCUGAUUUUGUCGAUAUCUAACUGUGAGCGGCACUUGUCGACUGGCUUCCUCAUUUUUUUACAGUGCCUGCUAUUUCUGCCCUUGAGUCUUGUGCGACGCUUAACGAAAUUGUCGAGUGCUGCCUUGGUUGCCGAUGCGUUCAUUUUGAUGGGGUUGGUAUACGUUUUUUAUUACGAGAUCGAGACGCUAGCAAAACAUGGCCUGGCCGAUGUUGUUCUUUUUAACCACAACAGUUUCCCAUUGCUAAUCGGUACAGCUGUGUUCACAUUCGAAGGGAUCGGAUUGGUGAUUCCCAUUACGGAGAGCAUGAAAGAACCGCAAAAGUUUCCGCGCGUGCUUACGGGUGUGAUUUUUGGCAUCAUGAUCCUUUUCACCGCAGCGGGUGCAUUGUCGUACGCAGCUUUUGGCAGCAAAGUGAAGACCGUGGUGAUCUCAAACCUGCCGCGCGAUUCAGCACUUGUUCAAGCUGUACAGCUGCUCUACUCACUUGCUAUUCUUCUUUCCACGCCCCUGCAGCUGUUCCCCGCGCUGUCGAUCGUGGAGCGCGGGUUUUUCAAAAAGAGUGGCAAGCACGAUCGUCGGACAAAAGUGGGCAAGAACUUGCUGCGAUGCGUCGUGGUAGUCGUUUGCGAAUUUUGCGCUUGGCUUGGCGCAAGCGACUUGGAUAAGUUUGUAAGCUUUAUUGGUGCUACUGCUUGCGUUCCGCUGUGUUUCAUCUAUCCACCUCUUCUCCAUAUGAAGGGCGUUGCUGCUUCGCGAAGGGAAAAGGUGGGAGAUAUGAUUUUGUUCAUCUUUGGCAUAUUCUGCAUUGUAUUCGUCGGAGCACAAUCUAUAUCUUCCAUGCUCGAAAAAUCUGAGCCGGACAAGGGCGUGGUCUGUAUUCCACGCACAUGA